AUGGAACACGAUGAUUCGGCCACAGGUGGCCUCAUGAAAUUUUUAUUGGCAACUGCUAACGGUGGAGCUCCGGGAACGGGAAUCAAACAAAUUAUUGAUAUUGGUACGAAUCUUUUGGGUGACGAGUUACCUGACGAGCUUGUUAAAUACAACGUUGAUACUCAGAAUGUUUUGAUGGGCGGAUACCCAACAGAAUGGGACGUGGCACCUUCGAUAGCUUUCUCAGUCAUAUUCUUUGUAUUUUUGAUUCUCCAUACAUCAAUUUUCCUUAUCAAUUUUUUUCGGGGUCACUAUUUUUGGGUUUCAAUAGGAUUUAUUGUCUAUUGUUUGAUGAAGAUUCCGGCAUUUGCCAUGAGAGCGUACUGGGCAAAAAAUAUCACAGAAAUCAAUAUUGGAUUAACCGCAUCAGUGCUUCAGAUUGUUCCAGCAUAUUUGAUUGUUUCACUCAACUUGAUAUUAACCCAGCGCUUGUUUACAUGGCGUCACCCUGUUGGUGGUUCUAGAUGGCUUUUUUGGAGUAUCAUGUUGGGUAUGUAUGCAAUGGUAUUCGUCUUUAUCGCUGUCAUUAUCACAGCAUCGUUGGUUCCAUACCUUUACUUCAUCAGUUACAGAACUUAUGAGCAAUGGGCGCAAGUUAACCAAGCAGCUGGAGUGAUCGUUGUCCUCUAUGUGAUGACUUCGGUUUCUUUACUUGCCUUAUCCUAUUUAUUCCCUCCCACAAAGAAAGAUGAAAACCUCUACACAUACCAGCCUUGGUGGAUUAAAUCUUUCAGUCCGUUUUACUUCGUUGAAAAAGGAGCUGCGCAAAGAGCCGAAUUGACAUUUAUGAGACGUAAUCAUAAUCAUCGGCAUGCUAUCCGAGUUAUCGCAGCUACACAUCAUCAUUUCAACAUGGUUGAAGGAAUGACAAAUGAAAGAGGCAGUUUGACUCAUAAUGUAUCCAUGUUUAUCAUCACUGCAACAACUGCAUUGAUUUUAGUUGGUGCGAUCUUGAGGUGCAUUGUCUUAUUCCAAUUCAAAUGGAAGAGAUAUGAGGAUACGAUAGCCGAGCCCCUCUUGGGUUUCAUCACUUGGGGGUUGUUUGAAUCAUUUGUGAAUAUAAUCUACAUUGUUGGUAGAGUGGACUUGAGACUUUACAGGCCUGACAUUUUGCCUCCUCAGGUCCGGGCGAUUAUUACCGCCGAACAAAGUUUCUACCCAUCCGAGUCUGAGGAGGACGACGAGGAUGACAUCUAUACCAGGUCAAGUCACGAGUCAGAUAUAUCAGCGGUAUCAAAGGGCUAUUCCUCAGAUCUGCCGCUAUCAUACGAUAAAGUGGAGCCGCCGUACCCAACUGACGAUGUUGAAGAUGAUAGAAAGACAACAGAUAGCCUGUCGUUCCAAUUUCCCCUGGAGCGACCAGAAAAAGACAAAAAACGUGACUUGAAGCACGUUGAACAAGCUGAGGAUGAUGAGUCCAUGUUUCACUUCUAA